AUGUCUUCAACACUUUCUCCGCUUACUUCUACCUCUCCAUCCCCUCCGCCUGCUUCCUCCUUCACAUCAUACUUCGACUCUCUCACGCGGAAGCGCCAACAGAAAAAAAUGAGCAUCACCCAAACAUACUACCUCGCCCACACGGCCCGCCGGAAGCUUACUCGGGAAGCCUCCCGAGCGGACCAUGACUUGCGCCUGCUCGUCGGCCACGCAAACCUCCUCGACACUCUUAUGGUAGAUCUGGCCGACGCUGAACAAGAACAAGAGCGCUGGUUCAAUCAAACUGUCAGCGGCGCCACCAAGGGUUCCUACCGCCCUGAACACCAGCACAUCCAAUGGGCGGAAACAGUCGUCGAAGAGCCCGAGGAGGAUUGGGACCCAGAGGACCUAUCCGACGAAGACUCAGACCUUAGCGAGGAGGAAGACUCGGACUUUGAGGAUGACUACACACCUAUUCGACGACGAGCACCAUCACCAGCCGCCGUUAUCACCGAGACCGAGCUGGAGGAAGACUACGACUCGUCCGACUCUGACUCCGACUCUGAAUUUGAAUACGAUGACGCUGAGGAUCUCGAUGAACUUGCUUUGACUCGAUCACCAUCGCGACAAACACCUCCAGAGCUGUCGCACGACGAGGACGAGGAAUCCGAGGAUGACAGCAUGCCUCCGUCACCACCACAGCCGGUCCUCGAGACCUUUGACGAGAAGCAAGCUCAUACCACCGAGAUCGCACUCUCCGACUCAGACUUCGAACAUCGGUAUUAUGUACCGCAAGCGCAGCAACCGAUGAUUGAAGCAUGUUGA